AGCCAUUUCGGCUCGAGUUCGUUGUCCUGAGCUGGAGUUGCCGAGGCGCGUUCGCAGCAUGCCAGAAGUUACAGCGACCGUCGAUGUCUGCGUAGUCUGCAGCGGCGCUCCCAAGCGUGGCAUGGGGUGGUACCACUGCAAGCAGCUGUUUGACAAUCGUGUGAAGGGUGCGCGCCUCACCGACGUUGUGGAGCCGUGGUUUCUUGGAAAGGGCAAGGGCAGCAGCGCCGACUUCGAGGAGUGGCAGAAGAAGUCGCAGGGCAUCGCCUUCCACGAGAAGAUUGGUGACGUGCCUGUGCCAGCAGGCGCGCCCAAGUUGGCCAUCAUCUGUUGCCGCACCAUGGACGCCCCCCGCAUUUUCAGGGAGGCCAUCGAUCAUGGCUUCACGCACGUUUACCUUGAGAAGCCGGGAGCCCCGACCGUGGCGGACUUAGAGGAGAUGACGAAGUAUGCGAAAGAUAAGGGCGUGCCAGUGUUCAUGGGAUUCAACCGGAAUUUCAGCAAAUACGUCAGGCUCGCGCAGGACUUCUACACCACCGCGCCCGCCUCCGCCUCCUUGACCAUCGGGCGCAAUGACAUGUUCAAUUCCCCAGAGGCCAUGGACGAAUGUUUCGAGCGCAACGCUGAGGGCAUGAUGAAGAAUAUGAUGAUCCACGAGCUCGUGGUGCUCAUCUCGUACUUUGGCCUCACGGUGGACGCCAUCGACGCAGUCGUUCAGGACAAGGUGUACACUACGAUUGAGACCCGAAAGGGGUCAGCGCAUUUUUCCAAGGUCGGAUUCACCCUGAAGCUCAAGUCUGGGAGAGAGAUCAAGGUCUGGGGUGACAGAGCCAACGGCGAGUACAGCGAGGCAGUCGUCACCGACGGCGGGAAGGAGCUCUUCAAGGCAGUCCGCCCUGACGACGAGAACAAGGCGAGCGCCGCGCAGCUCGAGGAGGCCUGCCCUGGCUGCAUGCCGUACUUCUACCUCCAGGACGGGGACGGUGAGUACCUGCUCCUGAAGCAGGCCUUCGUGGACCACAUCAUCCAGAAGAAGGACGGCGUUCCCGCCGGAGUUCCCAGCAUCACCACGGCCAUCGAGGGCCUCAGGCUGUGUGAGUUCCUCACCGGGAAGCUCAUGGAAGGGGAGGAGCCGCCCGCGAAGAAGCAAAAGGUCUGAAUGCGGCAUUUGCCUCAUGAGUGUGAGUGUCUCAAGCCGUGCGACCUUCUAGUUAAGUCCAGCUUCGAGAGAUCUCUUUUAGCACACAUAACGGGUCUCGGUUCAGCCUGGAGUCCAGUGAUAUUAAGAGCUCGGACACCUUCGUCAUGGCGACCUGUCCAAUUUCCCCUCCUCCCCCAUGUGGGCAGUGGGUUGGUGUAACGGUGGUCUCGUGAGAGCUCAGGACAUGAGACCCCACCAGCAACUGCCCACAGAGGAGGCCAAGACGCCCUCCCCAAAAGUUGCAAGGACUGGUACCGACUCUUGUCGAAGCCGUGCAUCAGAAUUGUUACCGAUCGCGAGAUUUGCGUGCUCGUUUCCGCGUGCUCGUUUCCCCUUGCCCGCCGCGAGGCCUGCUCUGCGGGCUCAGUAAACUAGAUCUUUUUCAGGGGCCGUUUUGGGGGUCCACUAUGGGGCUCAGAAGCCCGCUUCGAGCAUUUACUUCAUCGUUCUCUCAGUUGCCCUGUUCCACGCCAGGGGGAGCCUUUGCCGAGGAGGAUGCCUGGCAUACAGCCGCGGAGCUGUCGAGCUGGCGCGCCAUGUAUUUUUACCGUACGUGGUUUAGCGCCUAGAGGUGUCAGUUUUGCUCAGGCAUUGUGCCCCUGGUGGUGUUCGCGACUCUUUCGCAAGAGUGCAGUAGUUUUCGGGCGCGCACUUUGUACGCCUCAUUCCGCACAAGUGCGAGAAGAUAUUGCGUUUACAGCCUGCCUGAGAGCCGUUUCUCCUUGUAUACGUGGCCUGCCUUUCUGGGCAAUCGGUGAUUCUCAUCCUCGGCCACAUUCUCAGUCAUGCCUCGCCACGGGCGCCCGCGUCCGCGUGCGCCGAUGUCCGGAGCGAGGCCAGACGCUUCUCCUCCGAGCUGAUGACGAUGGUCUGUGGCGGGUCUACUCAUACCUUUCUCCUCCCCACCUUCCAUGCAUUCCCUUUCUGGGUGGGGCCGAGAAGGAUGCGGACGCGCACUUCUGCACACACUAGGGCACAGGGAGCGCUCAUAACAAUGGUGAGCUCGACCGCAGGCUGUGAUAGCAGAUCCGAUACGUGUGCUGUCAUCCUGUGUCGAGGAACUGUGUGGAGUCUUCGCGAGAGGGCGGAGAGGAAA